UCCAGCCCCCCAUUUCGCGGCCAAUUUCCGCCUCUCCCUGCUCCCCACCUGGUACCGGAGCGAGGCCAGCGCUGUCGGUUCCCACGUCCCGCACCCCUCGCCUCCUCCCGCCAGCCUCGGUGCUCCGGGUCAGCGUCCAGCUGCCGCGGCCCCCGGCGCAUCCCCUCCCUCCCUCCCUGAGCUCCGGGUGGGGGGAGGGCGGGGGACGCCGGGGCGGGGCGGCGGGGGAGCCUUGACGUCGCUGCCCCGGACGCGGCCCGGGGCCGGGAGGCGCUGGGGCGUCCGCCUGCGCGCCCCCUCCUCAGAGUCCCACCUCCCGGCCGAGCGCCGGCGGCGGCGGGUCAAGGCUCUCCGGAAGCGUGAAGGGGGAUCGGAGGCGGUUUUAUUUCCCUUUGUGCCGGUGGCUGGGGCCGGAUCGAGGCGGCCGGGCCGGGGACCGCGGGACUGGGGCUCCCCCCGGCGCGGAGAGGAGCGCAACAAAGGGUGCGCCGCGCUCGGGUCACUGUCCCCGCGGCCCAACUUUGCGCGCUGCGCCCGCGCCCCGGGGGAGCCCGCCCGCUGCGCUGAGAACGCAGGCGUCCGGGCUGAGCGAGGGCUGGGGGCGGCCGCAGGCGGCGCUGUCCCGGACCCCAGCGGGAAUCCCGGAGCUUCCCGGAGGCGGCGAGCUGCCGAGCCGUGCGCGGGGACCGCGCCGCCCGCGGAAACUCCGCGCGCUUCCGCGGAUGCCCCUCGCGCUGGCCGCGCGACCCCGUGCUCUGCGUCCUGGGCCCUGCCGGGCGCGCCCGCGCCCCGCCGUCCUUCCAGAGCCGGGCUCCUCUGCCCCCGUCGCCUCCUCUCUCCUCUCCACCCUCUUCUGGGCCCAGCCAAGGGGCACACCUGGUCCUCCUCCUCCUCCUCCCUGGGCGCUCUGCAGAGAGAGGGGGCCCGGAGGGGGGCAUGUGAGGCCCCUCCUGACAGAGGCCAGGCUCGGGGUGACGCGCGCCCAAAUGGCCAAGUGGCUACGGGACUACCUGAGCCUUGGCGGCCGGAGGCCCCCUCCGCAGCCGCCCACCCCAGACUACACCGAGAGCGACAUCCUGCGGGCCUACCGGGAGCAGAAGGAUCUGGACUUCGAGGACCCGUACGAGGACGCGGACAGCCGCCCGGAGCCGGUCCCCGCCGGCCCCGCGGACUCCAGGGGCCCCGGAGACGCCAAGUAUGACUCUCCCAAGCACCGGCUCAUCAAGGUGGAGGCGGCGGACAUGGCCAGGGCGAAGGUCUUGCUGGGCAGCGCCAGGGAAGAGUCAGAAGUGGACACUGAAUACUCAGAGCCCUUUGAUGCCCAGCCUCACCCACCACCCCCAGAUGAUGGCUACAUGGAGCCCUACAAUGCCCAGCGGGUCAUGAGUGAAUUUCCCUGCAAAGGGGUGCAGCUGUAUGACACUCCCUAUGAGGAGCAGGACCCCGAACCGGGAGAAGGCCCCGCUUCUGGGAGGCGGCCUCGCCAGAGCCGGAUGCCCCAGGAUGACGAGCGGCCAGCAGACGAGUACGACCAGCCCUGGGAGUGGAAGAAAGACCACAUCUCCAAGGCAUUUGCAGUGCAGUUUGACAGUCCAGAGUGGGAAAGGACCCCAGGCUCAGGCAAGGAGCUCCGGAGACCCCCGCCCAGAAGUCCCCAGCCCGCAGAGCGCGUGGACCCAGCCCUGCCCCUGGAGAAACAGCCGUGGUUCCACGGCCCGCUGAGCCGGGCGGACGCCGAGAACCUCCUGUCGCUCUGCAAAGAAGGCAGCUACCUUGUGCGGCUCAGCGAGACCAGCCCGCAGGACUGUUCCCUGUCCCUCAGGAGCAGCCAGGGCUUCCUGCACCUGAAGUUCGCCCGGACCCGAGAGAACCAGUACGUGCUGGGGCAGCACAGCGGUCCCUUCGCCAGCGUGCCUGAGCUUGUCCUGCAUUACAGCUCCCGCCCUCUGCCCGUGCAGGGCACCGAGCACCUGGCCCUGCUGUACCCGGUGGCCACGCAGAGCCCCUGACCACCUCUGGUCUCUGUGCUGCCGGUUGCAAACCGCUGGGCAUCCUUCCGGGCCUGGAGGCCUGAGGGAGAGACCCCCUCCCCGUCCAGGCCCCGAGUCUUCACCAGAGCCACCUUCUCGGUCCCCUUCUGGGUUCCAGGGCCUAGAAUUGCGUCUUGAAGCCCUCUGCUGGUCUGGAAAAUAAAUGUUAUUGUGCGUUUCAAA